AUGUCGUUGUGGAUGGAUGUCCACAUAACAACCACCGUAAUACAAGCUUUGACCGCAGGAGAAGAAAGCAUAAUCCAUAAACGAUUCUCUGCGAAUUCAUUAUGUCCGCAAUUAGGAGUUGGAGAGAAAUAUUGUGUACCGAAGCUAAAUGACGCUUUUAAUUCCACUCAAUGGAUAACAUUCGCAUGGAAUACCCUUGCGAAUCCGUUUGCAGUUCAGGGUGCUCUAGACAUUUAUCUGCGUCGAACCCAGGGAACUAAAAUUGUGGAAACUAUGAAAAAUGUUUCAAAUGAUUUAGGUCAAUAUUCGUUCAAACCUCAGAGUGGCUGGUUUGAACCGUAUGAUCCACAAGCAAACAAUACUUUUCAAUUCUUUUUUGUCGCUGCACCGUUAAAUCAAGAUCCUAACGACAUAACCGAUAGCGGACCCACCUUUUAUAUAACACAAUUACCUCCAACGAAUCAGUCAUCAGGAAGCACUAUAACUUUAACGGCACCCACCGUAACCGCAACAACUUCUCCAGCGUUAUCUGCUUCAAAUGUGGGACUGGUCGACUCGACAAAAAAUUCUCCACUCACCACCCCAAUAAUUGUAAUAAUAAUAGUCGCCGCAUUUUUAUUGUUGAUUGCUAUUGCCGGAUUGGCGUUCGUCAUUUUGACGAGAUCAAGAAAUAGGAGUAAGCGACAUCAAAGUCUUUCGAAUGUUUCCACGUCUUCGAAUGUCCCGAUGAUGGUUCAAACGAAAGAUCUUGACAAAGGCAAACGUCUUAGUGAUAAAAGCGGUGAACCGGAAUCGCCAGUCGAGGCAUCGUCGAUAUAUUCCACGACUCCAUUGGCGACAAAGAAUAGCAUGUCGAGUUUAAAUCAGAAAUUGGGGAUUGUGUCUUUCUCUUCGGAAUCUAAUUUGUUGCAACCUCAACAGCAACCUGCAUUUGAUGCGGCAAUGCUUUCUGAUGCGUAUCGACAAGUAUUACGUAAACCAGAUUGGAAAGAAGAAGAUGACGACGAAGAAUUUGAUACAGAGAUUGGGCUUUCGGAAGAAGAACGACGGAGACGACGAGAAGCCAAAGAAAUAAUGAAGCAAGAAUUAGCAGAAGAAGGUAGAGGAUUACAUAGUGUACAGCGAAGACAUACGAAAGUGCAGGUUCACAAAAUUGAUGAAGAUGAUGAAGAUAAAUCUCAGAAAUAG